AUGUCUCAUUUUAAUUCGCCCAGUCCAAGCGUAUCUGACCUCAACACCAAGUCCGAGCAGCGCAUCCGCCACACCAGCGAGACUGACGCAACCAUCCGCAGCCGCUGGGCUACUGAGGCGUAUGCCCAGGGACUCACUAAAAGGAAGUUGACUACGUUUUUGCCGACUGGCAUACUACGCCUCCCUCCACAUGCCCGACUCUGGAUAUUCCUGAGUGCUGUUGAGCAAGUGUGGAUUUCGGACACCUUGAUUGACGAUGAGACAGAGCAGGCGCUCAGAAUUCUGGAGAGCGGGCCCGAGGACUGGCAUCCCGGGAGUGAGGGCGUGGUGCGCAAUCUCAUUCAUCCGUCGCUGUUUCCGCUGAUAUACGGGCGAUCAGCUUUGUAUCCAAAGGAUCUUGAGCAGUGGGGAGUAGAGGUCAAUCGUGCGUAUAAGGAAAGUGCGUCGGAUGAUGAAGAUGCUGAAGACACCUUUUACACGCCUCUUCCAAGCGUACAUCGUGCUUCCAAAAAGUUCUGCUGGUUGCCUUCCGAGUUCCAGGUCCACCAGGACGGCCAUGUCACCGUGGAAUCCUACAUCAACAACCUGCAUCCGCUAAAGUACGCGCUUUGUUCCUGUUCUCGAACAAGUUGUCACCGACUGGCGCACCGCCGCGAGCAGCGCGUUGUUCCGGCUCCAUACGCCUGGUUUGAUGAUUCCGAUGAGCCCAAGGACUACGAUGCAGAGGAUUAUGAUGAGAAAUACGAUUUGUGGCAGGAGACCAGGCCUUUUAUUGAGCCGCAGCCCGAGCCAUUCCAGUGGCCUGAUCGCAGGCGGCUUCAGGCUAUCGUCAAGAUGUCCAACAUCAUUCUGACUCCUGAGAACCCCGUCUACGAGGGCGGCGCGUGGCAUGUUGAGGCACUGGCUAACGAGCGCAUUAUCGCUACGAGCAAUUUGGCGUUCCGCGAAAUGGUUGACGAGGAGCUUGAUUAUGAACAAGGCGACGAGCGAGGACUUAACCUGGCCUAUGGCAUAUAUGAAAACGUUGAUGAUACCAGCGAUGUCCCCUUGAUUCAGGAAAUCGGUCGCGUGGAGGCAAAGAGGGGCAGAUGCGUGGUGUUUCCCAACAUGUACCAGCAUCGCGUCGAGGGAUUCCAGCUCAAGGAUCCCAAGAGAAGCGGGUGUCGCAAGAUAUUUGCUUUUUUCUUUAUUGAUCCGACCACAAGAAUUCCUUCACCGAGAUUGGAGGUCAUGAGCAUUGGCCCUUUGCGCGGGUUGCCCUUGCUGGUUAAAAAUGGAAUACUGGAAAAUGUGGAUUUCCCCAUUUCAUUGGACGAAGCAAAGAACAGAGACUCGAGUUGA